AUGUUAUCUCUUGAAGAGUGUGGAGGAGAUCUGUUCGUGGUGGUGUUCAGUCUGGACUGUCGAGAAUCGUUCGAGGAGGCCAUCAGACUGCGAGAAUCGAUCCUGGAGACUAAAGUGAGCGCGACCCAAAGCGCCACGAAGAGCAGAAGCAAGAGUCACUUCAACCUGAAGGUUCCUAUGGUCAUCGUCGGAAAUAAAUGUGAUAAGGAUGUAAAAACAGUUACAGUGGAGGAAGCGGAGGAGUACUGCAAUAGUCAGGAUGAUUGCUGCGUUUUUGUGGAGGCGUCAGCUAAGAGGAACUACCACGUGGAGGAGCUUUUCUACCAGCUGUUCAUUGUAGCUGGUCUACCCUUGGAAAUGGCGCCCAAUCAUCACAGAAAGGUCCCCCUCACUUUUGGCUCUCCGACUAUGUUACCACCGUCACAGCCAAGGCACAAAGCUACCCUGAGCAUAAAGCGACGUCUGAGCGAUGCCUGCGGCGUCGUUGCUCCGAACGUGCGUCGUCCAAGCAUCAGAACCGAUCUGAUGAUCAUGAGGACGAAAACCUGCUCCCUUGCAACUGGUAACGAGAACAACGCUCCUGGAUCGAGAAUCACCUUGCGCACCUCCGACGCCAGAAAAACGUGCUCCAUUCAGUGA